ACACGCAUGGUUUUCGUCUCCGCUUCCUCCGCCGCGACCUCGCUUUCCGGCGGAAGCCUCGGCCGCCGCCUCCUCCACCCUCACGGCCCCCACGGCCCCACCCCACGAGCGCAUUGGUUGGUUGUUUCCUCUCCUGCCGCCCUGCGCUAUCAACCUGGUCCGGGCGCCUCGCCGCCGUCGAGUUCUGAACCGUGCUGUGCCGCGGAGGAAAGUGUGGGAGAGAGGGGAAGAUAAAAUAUAAUCAUAUAAUGGCGGUUGCCGCCUUGCUGCGCCGGAGGGUGCUCUCGUCGCCCCACGCUGUCUCCUCAUGCCGAAAUGCUAUUUAUGUUCGCUGCCCUUUCUCCAAUUCUGAUCCACAUUCAGUGGUGAAUUAUACUAACUACAGAUUUUGGAGGGGCUACCACAACUCUGGAAAGUUUGAUUUGACUGAUAUGACGCAUCCCCAUAUGUGGUACCCAAAAGCCCGAGAAAAGAAGCGCAAUGUAUAUUUACAUGUCGGUCCUACAAACAGUGGGAAAACUUAUAGUGCUCUGAAGAGACUAGAAGCAAGCUCUUCAGGUGUGUACUGCGGACCUCUGAGAUUGUUAGCACGGGAGGUAGCCCAAAGGCUAAACAAAAUUAAUGUCCCUUGUAACUUGAUUACUGGACAAGAAAGGGACGAAAUUGAAGGCGCAAAGCACACCUCAGUGACAGUCGAGAUGGCUGAUGUGACUACUGAAUAUCAGUGUGCUGUUAUUGAUGAAAUCCAGAUGGUUGGCUGUAAAUCAAGGGGAUUUUCAUUCACACGUGCACUUCUGGGGCUUUGUUCAGAUGAACUUCAUGUUUGUGGUGACCCAGCUGCUGUUCCCCUUAUUCAGCGAAUUCUUGAAGCUACUGGUGAUUUAGUUACGGUUCGAUAUUAUGAGAGACUAUCUCCUUUGGUUCCUCUGAAGUCUCCACUUGGAUCUUUCUCUAACAUCAAGGCAGGAGAUUGUUUAGUAACAUUCUCAAGACGUGGGAUUUAUACUCUCAAGAAAAGAAUUGAAAUGGAGGGAAAACAUCUUUGCUCUGUGGUCUAUGGCUCAUUGCCACCAGAAACUCGGACAAAGCAGGCAACAAUGUUCAAUGAUGAUACCAGUGACCUUAAUGUGCUAGUAGCUAGUGACGCUAUUGGAAUGGGUCUUAAUCUGAACAUUUCCAGAAUUAUUUUUUCUACAAUGAUGAAGUAUGACGGCUUCAACUUCAGGGAACUAACUGUGUCUGAAAUCAAACAGAUUGCUGGCAGGGCUGGGAGAUAUGGGUCUAAGUUCCCAGUUGGAGAAGUGACCUGUCUAGACGCUGAAGAUCUCCCACUGCUGCACUCAUCUUUGAAGUCACCUUCCCCCAUUAUAGAGCGUGCUGGACUUUUCCCUACAUUCGAUUUGUUAGCUUUAUAUUCGCGAUUGCAUGGAACUGACUUUUUUCACCCUGUACUGGAACGUUUCUUGGAGAAGGCUAAACUAUCUCCAGACUAUUUUAUUGCUGAAUGUGAAGAUAUACUGAAGGUUGCUGCUAUUGUUGAUGAUUUACCUCUUGGGUUGUAUGAUAAAUACCUCUUCUGUAUCAGUCCAGUGGACAUGCGUGAUGACAUAUCUGUCCAGGGAUUAGUUCAGUUUGCUGAAAAUUAUGCAAGGAAAGGCAUCGUUCGACUCAAAGAGAUAUUUACACCUGGAACAUUACAGGUUCCUAAAACACACAAUCAACUGAAGGAGCUUGAAUCAGUUCACAAGGUCUUAGAGUUAUAUGUGUGGUUAAGCUUCAGAGUGGAGAAUUCCUUUCCAGACCGUGAAGUUGCCGCUUCCCAAAAGUCAAUCUGUAGCAUGUUGAUCGAAGAAUAUCUGGUAAGGUCAGGAUGGCAGCCACAAGGACGAAAAAAGUUUUUGCAUGGUCCACAAAAGCUGCUUCGAAAAUAUGAUGCGUCGCAAAUGCACAAGUACUUUCAAGAAGUUGAUGCAAGACCAAAAUAGAAGGCCUGAACAAGAAUAGGGUCUCACCAAAUUCAGACCACAUUUUGAGCAGCCCUCCAGAGCAUGUUCUGCCUUUCUGAUUGGUUACCGAAUCAUAAUCGAAGAGCGAAACACCGCUUUGGAUGACAAGAGAUUCUUGGACUAAUCCUUCACCACACCCAUUUAGGUCAGACUAAGCAGUCAAUUUGGCAGGGCAUGUCACACAUUCUCCAUCCACCAUACUAUGGAAUACACUCUAUACUAGUUUGUAAGUAGUAAGAAAAGGAGGCAUGGCAAAGCCACUUGUGAGACUUCUUACAUAUCAUACGGAAUGGUAUUUGUAAGUAGUAAGAAAAGGAGGCAUGGCAAAGCCACUUGUGAGACUUCUUACAUAUCAUACGGAAUGGUAUUAACUUGUACAUGGUAGUCUGAGUUCUAAAAGUAGCUGAAGUUUAAAAAGAGUAAUAAAGUAGCUGCAAUGGUGGUUGUAACCCGGUAAAGAGAAAUGGAUAGUUAUGGCUUUCUUUUUCCAUUUUAUGAGACACAAAGGGGCAGUGUCGCUUCUCAUGAUGGGCAGUGUCGCUUCUCAUGAUGAAAAGGAGUGAUUCCUAACGCAAAAUCUCUAUGUUGUCGUUGGCAGCUGUGCUUUCGCCAUUUCUUUUGUGCCUGUGCUGUUCUCCGGUGAAUGAUUCUGGUUCCGUUUGAUGUAUGCAGAGCUUAAUGAGUUGGGCAUUUCACAUUUA